AUGCCAGCUCCAAGUCCUGCCGCCUCUUCUGUAGCUGACGAUUCCAUAGAUGACAAAUCUCGCUUAGAAUCACCCAGCUGGGCUAAUCAGGGGCAGCGUACUCCUCUUCCGCCUGGUACUCAAACGCCAAGCGCACCACCACAAAUGCAUCCUGCAGGACCACCCCCACCGGGUGGCAUGAUGAUGCACCCAGGGAUGAUGCCACCACAAGGUAUGAUGCCGCCGGUAAUGCAACCAACUCCACCUUCUGGUCCCAGAAAAGAAAGUAUCGUGGACAAACUUGUAACAAAUCCGCCAAGAGUCAUGCCGGAACGGCGCAUGUUCUUCGAACGCCUUGUACAGUUUUGUGAACAACAUGGCGAACCGAUAACAAUGAUCCCUCAAGUUUCUAAGCAAAAUGUUGAUCUGCAUAGGCUUUACAUAGGCGUACGGAACCGUGGAGGAUUUGAACAGGUGUGUUCCUUUUGA